GGCGGGCUGAAGGGCUGGAGGCGUUGCUCGUGCCCUCCUCCUCCUCCUCCUGUAGGGCCAGCAGACAGUGUGAACUUGAAUACUGACGGGCUCAGCACCGAACGACAGUCAAGUCACACAUCAUUGCUGUUUUAUGAGAUUUAUAGUGUCCGUUUAGUUCUGGUGUAGUUUUAGAGGAUCUUCUCUCACUAUGUCCAGACGAAAACUCGGCAGCAGACCGCAACACCUGAGCGCAAUGCAAGACGCUCCGGAUUCCUCAGUCAUCCCCGGCGUCUCCUUGCCGUCACCUGAGCGGAUGCCUCAGCCUGAAGAUGGAGGCCGUGACCUGUUGACAUGUGGCCAGUGUGGUCAGGCGUUCCCGCUGGCCCACAUCCUCACCUUCAUCCAGCACAAACAGGGUGGAUGCAGCACAGCCAGAGCCCAGCCUCAGGGCCACACCCCUCCCUCUCCGGCCAAUCGGACGCUGCAGUGCGGCCAAGGAACACAGGUGGAGGCGGGAUACGUGGAGCUCCGGCGGAUGACGGACAGGAGAUGGAAGGAAGAGCCAGGUGUGAGGGUGGAGGCCAACCGAGCCGAGCCCUCCAUUUUCACCUGCCAGGUGUGUCAGUGUAUGUUCUCCAGCGCAUGGACUCUCCUCCAGCAUGCUCAGAAUGCACAUUCUCUCAGCAUCUACCAGGUGGAGGACGACACCACCACGCAGACAUCAAAACCGCCGGCCACAAUGGAUCCACGUCACCUGGGCGCCACACUGGCCUCUGCAUUCCAGCCGUCCUCCCAGAGAUCAAUCCGCCCUCACAAGCCUCCCCACAGCUCCACCCCUGCACCACGCGACCUGCAGGGCCUGAACUUCUCCAUGUGUUUACAGCGCCUGGCGGAGGUUAGCUGCAACAAUGGCGGAGUGGUACCUUCCCCAUCCCCGUCUCCACCGGCCGCUUCGCCUUUUCCCCACUCCACUCCACCUCUUCACACAGCCUUCUCCUGCCAGCUGUGCGGCCAAGGCUUUCAGUCAUUGCGCAGCCUGUCCGCCCACCGCCGCACUCACGCCUGUGAUAGGCCCUACCACUGUGGUCUGUGCCAGCUCACGUUCUCCCAGAGUGGCGAACUUGCACGACACAUGAGAAGCCACCGUCGUUCUGGACAGGAAACAUCUGAUCCCAGCCUUGUCAGUGCGGAUGAAGACAGAAAGCUUUCUGGACAGGGAGAUAAUGAUAUUUCCGGUGGUCAUGGAGCCAGCUUGGAAGCUGGAAAGCAUCCAGGAGGUACCAGCCUGAUCUUGAUAUCUUCUCAGUCCAGGGCUGCGGAUCGCAAUCUGCUGCGGUACUACCAGCCUCUGAGAGAAGCAGAAGAAGAGGGUCAAGGUGAUCCUCAACAUCCCUCUCCCUAUGGCAGCCCCUCGGAGGGCUCUCUGGAGAGCGGAGAUACAGGUGGAAGUGGCGAGAGUGGGAUUGCCAGCGGGAACUGCACACCAAAGCGCCCCGAACGGGAAGAUCGUCCUCAAGGCGAAUGGGAGCAAGAGGUGGAGGCAGUGGAGAUAGUCCAGGACUGGCAGCAGGAGAACGAAAGGAGGCAGGUCACCAGCGGAGGGGGCAAGAAGAAAAAAGAAGAGGCUUGCGAAUUUUGCGGAAAGUGUUUCCGUAACAGCAGCAACCUUACGGUCCACCGGCGCAGCCACACGGGCGAAAGACCGUACCGCUGCGGACUCUGCAGCUACGCCUGCGCGCAGAGCAGCAAGCUCACACGCCACAUGAAAACACAUGGUGCCCGCGGGACACGCGCCCCCUUUCAGUGUCAGCUUUGCUCUGUCCCGUUUACCGUCUAUGCCACGCUGGAGAAACACCUCAAGAAGGUCCACGGACUCACUCACGCUAGUGCCGGUGCCUACAGCCAGGGCUUGCUUGCCGAUUACAACGGCCUCAAUAUCAAAAUGGAGGAUGACUCCAUAGGAGAUAAAUCAGGAGCUCCCAUCAAAGAAUCUAAUGUGGAGCUCAAAGAAGAGGACGCUGAAAUGAGGGUCAGUGCUGAAGAGGCCCCUUCCUCUGAAGAAACAGGCAGUACUGCGGCUCUGGGUGAAACCGCAGUAUAAAAAUAGCAGCACUUCUGAACAUGACACUCUUAUGACCAAAACCACCAAACAUGACGAUCUUCUGCCCUUGACUCAGUAUGCGCAUCUUAUCAAAAAACCAAGAAGACCUUACCCGCCUUGACCUCAGUCACUCUAGGGAGUGAUGCUGGCACUGAACGAGACUUGAUAAAUUCUCAUAUCAGUACAAGUGCCUACUGUUAAAGCCUGACAUGCAAUAUUGAAAGACUUCUGAACUCUUAGUCCCAACCACCGUUGUCAAGGCACAUGGUACCCAGAACAUUACAUUUUGACUAGUAGAGCAUAGUCAGAGUAUACGGAGAUGGUUACAAAUCAUUUGAGCCUUUUGUUGAGCCCAAAAGACAAUCGGACAGCAGGAGAUCUGUCAAUGUGAUUUUGCAAUUCUGAAGUGGACACCUUGGGUUUACACUGUUGUGGCACUCUACCACAGAGCCUUAAAGGUUCAUGGUUCAUAAAAAUCUGUGUGUGACAAAAAAGGGAAUGGUCUACAUCAGGGAUGUCCAAUCCUGCUCUUGGAGGGCUAGUGUCCUGCAGAGUUUGGCUCCAACCUUAAAGGGUUAGUUCACCCAAAAAUGAAAUUUCUGUAAUUAAUCGCGUAUCCUCAUGUCGUUCCAAACCCGCAAGACCUGUUCAUCUUCGGACACAAAUUAAGAUAUUUUUGAUGAAAUCCGAGAAGGUUUUUUUUUUUUUUAAUCUCCCAUAGAAAGCAGUGAAAUUACAACAUUCGAGGUCCAGAAAAGUAGUAAAGACAUCAUUAAAAUAGUCAACGUGACUACAGUGGUUCAACCUUAAUGUUAUGAAGAAACAAGAAUACUUUUUGUGCACAAAUACAAAACAAAAAUAACGAUGAUAAUUAAUGUAACUACAAGGAAAUUGUUGAAUAAAGUUAUUUUUGUUUCGCGCACAAAAAGUAUUCUCAUCGCUUCAUAACAUUAAGGUUGAACCACUGUAGUCACAUGAACUAUUUUAAACGAUGUCUUUAAUACCUUUCUGGACCUUUAAUAAUGGUAAUUACAUUGCUUUCUAUGGGGGGAUAAAAAAAAAAUCUUGGAUUUCAUCAAAAAUAUCUUAAUUUGUGUUCCGAAGAUGAACGAAAGUCUUACAGGUUUGGAACAACAUAAGGGUAGGUAAUUAAUGACAGAAAUUUCAUUUUUGUACGAACUAACCCUUUAAUUAAACACCUGAAAUGGACCUUUGAUAAACUUUCAGGCAGGUCGGAGCUAAUCUCUGCAAGAUGGCGGCCAUCCAGGAACAGAAUUGGACACCCUUGGUCUACAUCAGUGUAGUAAGAGUAUGACUUGCACAGAUGACAAUAGAUGAAUUUGAGCUUGUGUUUUCUCAACUAUCUGACAGGGUCGUUUGCUUUUUUGAUACUGUAUAUUAAAUUGGACUGAUUGGGUCUGUGGCAAUACAUGUUCACUGUCACAUAUCACUGUUAAAGUGCAUUUGUUUGCCAUUUAGUUUAUCAUUUAGAAUGUCAAAAUUGUGUAAAUGUAUAUUUUAGUUUGUGCAACAUAUUCCACAAAAAUGUUUAUAUAGCCACUCUACUGCACAACACAUUCAUUUUGUAUUUUGUGAGCCUGUUUAGUCUGUUUACAGACAUUUGUUUUACUGCCCGAGCACAUAGAAAUACUAUGAAACGUUUAAUUUCUUUUUGUCAAUGGUUUCUCCAGGUUGUGGAAUGAAAAGCCUCGUUUCUGAUUGGGAAACAGUGCUGUUGAAUGGUGAACCCACUGAGAGAGCACUUGUGUUUGUUUGUGUUUAUGUGAGAAAGAGUUAGAGACCAGAUAUCUGAUAAAUCUAUACAGGGAAAGUCUGCUUUGUUACAGUUUUGUAUUAUUAUCAACGUCAGGGAACUGUUAUGUUACAGUUUAUGUUUGUGUGGUUCAAAAAUGGUAGAAUAAGUCAUCAAAUGGAAUUUAAAAAAAGCAUUUUUUCUAUUUUUUUUUGUAUUAACAAAUGUGAAAAUAGUUGGACAUCCAGUUGUCCGUUUCUUCAGGGAGCAGCGAAAACAAAGCUCUUUUUGUCCUCUGUAUAUUGUUAUAAUCAUUUCUGUUGAUGAAAUAUGUCAUGUCUUAUGUGAUUUCUCCCUGUGUAGCCCACCACUUUGUGUAUUUUGUAUUAUUAUGCAUAUUUGUACAAUAAUUAAAAGACUGAGGCAAAGUCA